GCCCUGCCCUGGUCCACACUGUAAUCAGUCCACAAUGUAUCACUUGAUAGUGCAAGUUGCGCUCUUUCUUGCGGUUCUGUUCUGUGCGGAUUUCUGGUGGAAACGCGUUGUCCACCGGCAGCUGAGCAAACUUCCGGGCCCCGUGUCGGUUCCGUUGCUCGGUUCGGGUUACGUGUUCCUCGGGAAGAACUGUUCCCAAGUGUUUUACACCUUCCAACGGUUGACGGCCCGCUACGGUCAAGGAGGUGCACCGAUACGGUUCUUCCUGGGACCGGUUCCGUUUGUAAUUAUCAGCAGUCCCGAGCACGCGCAAGUCAUCCUCAGCUCGAGCACGUGCCUGGCAAAACCGUGGAUUUACAGGUUCACACCGCUGGAAGGGAUAUUUUCGCUUCCGGUGGACAAAUGGCGCCGCCAUCGGCGAGCAAUACAGCCGGGCUUUAAUUUGGCCGUGCUGAACAGUUUCAUCCCCAUUUUCAAACGCAAGAUAGACAUUUUGGUGGAGAAAUUGGGGCGAGAAGUUGUUGGCGGAGGAACGUUCGACGUGUACGGAUAUGUUGCGGCCUGCACUCUGGACAUGGUUUAUUCCACAACUCUCGGUAUGGAGAUGAACAUCCAGCAGCAGGCGCGCAGCGCAUACCUGGACGUCCUGGACGAGUUGUUCGAACUGGUGACUAAACGAUCCACCAACGUGCUGCUGCAUCCCCAGUGGGCGUACCGGCUGACGAGUUACUACCGCCGAGAGUGCCGUGCCCGGCAGAUAUUUUGCGCCCCAUCCACGGAAGUACUGCAACGCAACCCGAUACUGGCUCGAUCACCGUCGGAAUUUUCUGAUGUCAGCAAGCCACAGAUCCUAAUUGAUCAGCUGUACGAUUUGUCACUGAAGGAUCCCACGUUUGACCGGGACGCGAUCGAGAAAGAAUUGAACACGAUGAUUUUCGGCGGUAAUGAAACAACUGCGAUUACGAUGUCCAACGCACUUUUGCUGAUCGCGAUGCAUCCCGAGGUGCAGAACAAACUGAUCGUUGAAAUAACACAGGUAUUGGGAGAGAGUUUUGCGAACAUUACCAUUGAACAACUGCAACAACUAACCUACAUGGAAGCAGUUCUAAAGGAGGCAAUGCGACUUUAUCCGAUAACGACAAUCCUGGGUAGAAAAACGGGUGCAGAUCUUCAGCUGGGCGAGUAUCGCAUUCCAGCUGGAGUCAACCUGGCCAUCGAUGUGUUUAGCAUUCAUCGGAGUGCGGAACAUUGGGGAUUAAAUGCGGAUUUAUUCGUCCCGGAGAGAUUUCUAACCGGCAAGCAUCAUCCUUAUGCGUUUCUCGGGUUUAGUGCGGGACCUCGAAAUUGCAUUGGGAUUCGCUAUGCGUGGAUCUCGAUGAAGAUGACGUUGGCGCACGUGCUGCGGCGGUUCGAGCUGGAAACGCCCCUUCGGCUGCAGGAUAUUCGCAUCAAGGCGUCGAUGACGCUAAAGGUGAUCGGAGGGCACAUUAUAAGCGUUCAGGCAAGGGAAUGAGUGAGAUUUUUCGUUAAUAUGUUGUUAGCUAAUAAUUAUGGGUUCGAUUUUCAUCUGCUCCCAAUGAGCUCUGUCUAGACUGCAUGAAUUCUGAAAAGAUUGAAAUCAUCGAUGAGCCCACGACGAGGUUGUGGUAUAAGUUAUGAUUCCUAACUGUCUAGAUUUGACGGAUAUAAUUGUGAUAUUUCACACAACGUAGGUGUAUACAAAUUUAACUGUAAAAUGUAUAACACUCCCUUACUUUAAUUACACCUAGCACAACGAAAUAAAUGUUUUAUUUGCUCUCUUGAUUAACAUUUGCAUGUUUCAGUGCAGCGCAGUCUAACUAUUUAAUAGCAGCGUAUGCAAUUACUCCCAUCAGAGUCGAUCUAAUUACCACCUGCAAACCAGCCCCCUUCCCUCCGUGCUACGAAGCUUUUUUCCCAUCCCUCCGUUCUAUGCUGAUCAUGUACCCGUUGCCGAUCCGCAUCACGAUCGAGGCAUGAAACUUAAGGUCGACCAACCGCAGCUCGGUGGACAGUCGGUACCGUUUUACGAGCUUGGCCAGCACAAUCUUGAGCGAGAUGUAGGCGUACUUGGCGCCGGUACAGCUCCGAACUCCACCGGUGAAGGGCAGGAACGCGAACGGGUGCCGCUUGGCACAGUUCUCCGGGGAAAAGUUUUCCGGGUCGAAUUCUUCCGAGUGAUCACCCCAAAUUUUGCGAUCCCAGUGCACUUUGAUGGUCGGGAUCAUGAUCUGGGCACCGGCUGGUAUCGUAUACUGACCGACCUGGAUUUCUUUCUCGCACUCGCGGGCAAAGACUGGCACUACCGGGAGGAUUCGCAUCGAUUCCUUGAUGACCAUCUCCAGGUAGACCAGCUUGGCGAGAUCUUCGUAAUCGAUGUAAUCGUUUGGUGCGGCGUCGAUCACUUCCUGGUAGAGCCGUUCCUGAACAUCGGGAUGCAUGGCCAGCAGAAGCAGCGCCGUGGAUAUGGCGCAAGCCGAAGUGUCGUUGCUGGCGAAGAUCACCGUGUCCAGAUUCUCGAUGAUGCACUCUUCGUCGAAGAAAUCCGACUCUGAGGCGAUCGCUUCCAGCCGGUCUAUGAACAGUGGCACGUGGCGAACGUUGUCCUCAUCGCGGUAGAUGUUGCACUUUUGGAUGGAUUUCUUCAGCCUGUCCGCUUUCCGCAGCUCGAGCGUCUUUCGUGACAUUUCCUGGAACAUCUGAACUCGUUUCAUCUCUUCGCGAUAGCUGGGCGUCAGCUUGUAGAUAAAGUCAGGGUGUAGCCACGCCUUGUAAAUACGUGUGAACUUGAGUGUUUGCAUCCUUAAAAAAAAGCGGAUCAUUCAACAUACCCCAAAGUUUCUCAACCCUACUCACUUGUCGGCAUUCUCCAGGUAGCGCUUCUUGUAGUCACUGUUGUCCUCGUCCAAAUCCAACCCAAUCGAGUUGACCAUCGUGGUGCUGACGGUGUAUUCGCCGGCCUUCUCGACCAUGUUGAACUGUCCGGUACCGGCUAGCGCCAGCAAACUCUCCGCCAGUUUGUCGGCUUUUGCGUUGAACGUGGGCACAAACCGUUUGACGACCGCGUUCGAGAACGAAGGGUUCAGCAGCUUGCGCUGUUUGCGCCACACAUCCGGCGGCGCAUUGAAGAGACCCUUCUCGAAUCCCAAGAACCGGUACACGUACGAUCGUUUCACGCAGUCCUGCGAGUUGAGGAUCACCGCAAGGUGUUCCGGAUUGUCGAUCACCACUAUCAGAAGCGGACCAAACCAGGCCCGCAUGGGCGUUGGUACGACGUGCAGGAAUUGCAGGAAAUACGGCAGGAUAGUCGUCGGACCGCGACCGAUUCCGAUGUGAAUGCUUCCAAUCAACGGCCAAUCAAACGGACCUGGAAUUUUGGCGGCCAGCUCAUACAAACGCCUUCGCGAUCUUCUAAAGAAGUAAUACCACGUGCAGACCAGAAUCCCCAUGGCCACGAGGAGAACCGUCAACAUUUCGCAAAAACCGCUCUGUACUAGAUCUCCAAAUCAAUCCGAAUCCGAAGUUGCUACAAUACUGGACGAGGUUCAUCUAAGGCACGAGAUAUUCAUAACGUUCCGCCGCAAUCAAGUCUCGAGAUUGAUAUCAAUUAUCGCUGGGCUGAACUCGGCGGAGGGUGGGAAAUAUUCCGGCUCUCCGGUUGUUACGGGAGAUUGACGAAAAAAACAAGCGUUUACCGUUGAAAUUGCCAAGUUAUAGGGUACUUUAACGUUUCAUGGACUUGCGAGAACUUUGGCGUAACGAUCCCAACUUGAGCAAAUUGGUAAUUUUAGAUACCGUCAACGUUUAUUUUUUAUCUUUGCAAAAGUUGUGUAGUGAGGCUUCAAUUACAGUUACAAGGGUUAGGACGUUGAACUGUAACCUUUAAAUUGGUCGAUUGUGUUCUAACGUAACAGGUGUGAAGGUUGAUUGUGUAUCUGUGGGAGGAGGGGCAGCGCAUUUGGUGGACCACUAGGGUGGAAUCGAGUUGUAUGGGAAAAAUGAAAAUGAUAAAAAUCCAUUUAGCAACACAUUGCAUUUUCACAUUCUUGAAUUUACAAAAUUCAUGUUUUAUUAUUUAAGUAUAGCCCUGGAUGUCCUGAAAGUGUGUGACAGAUACAAAGAUACAGAGUUUUCAAAAGUACACAGUAAAAUAUUGUGUAAAUUUGGAAGGUUGAAGGUUAUCUCUUUUAUGAUGUAAUUUUACCUCAAUUUAGACUGAAAAAGCGACAUUACAACAGAAAAGUGGUAAAAUUACACAUUUUCAGAGGUAAAAUUUCAAAUUUUUUCUGACAUAAAAGAUGUACCACUAUAGAUGUAAUAUUACCAUGAUUUUUUUUUCUGUGUAGUGAAUUGAAAUAAUCAGUAAAACUCACAUUUUCUGUCAACAUUUCCAUAGGAACCACCGUAAUCUGGGGUGAAUCGGGACUACAGUCUGAAUAGGGACAGCAGUUUUUAGAGCACUUAAAGCUUUUAAAUUUGGAAAUGGAUGUACACAUUUUGUUGGCCUGAGUCUGUUCUAACCGAAACCGACCAGAAAAAUCAAAAUAUUGUGCUCCAGCAUGGUUAAAACUGCUGUCCCAAUUCGCCCCAUGUGUCCCGAUUGACCCCAGUUUACGGCAUUAAAUAUAACACAAACGUGACCCAAAAAUGUGUUGCUGAAAAAAGUAAUGUUCUAUUCCACCCUAGUGGACCUAAUUUUCUUUUUAAUGCUAUCGAUCAGUGCAAUCUUUGACCUGUUUCGCAGUACACGUUUUUUAGAAGCUGAAUUACAAUGUAACACACAUGAAUUUAUAUUUUAGUUUACUACGCAAUGAUGCGUGCGAACUUUGUGUAUUUACAAGAUAACCGUCAACUGGGGCGAAUUGGGACACAUGGGGUGAAUUGGGACAUCAGUUUUGACCAUGUCAGAGCACAACAUUUUUAUUUUUCUGGCUGGUUUCGGAUAGAACAGACUCAGACCAACAAAAAUUGUACACCCAUUUCCAAAUUUAAAACCUGUAAGUAUACUCUAAACAAUGCUGUUCCUAUUCAGACUGCAAUCCCGAUUCGCCCUUAGAUGACGGUACUAAUUUAUAAUAACAGGCAUGAUUAUAAUUUAAAUAACAGACAAAAAAAUGGAUUAGUUUUAUUGUUUAUGUAAGGUAUGCACUUCGGAAGAAACCGGUCAAGAUAAAUUUCAAAUGAGAAGCAGCGGUAGUGAAAGCAGCCUAGAGAGGGUGAAGAAAAGCCCCAAGAAAACGUUCCCUCUAAUUGGUCCAGCCGUUCGUAAAGCUGUUUCUUGACCCCCUUUCUUUUGAAGAGCAUACCGGCAUCUAAGCUCUAAAUAUUUAAAUAAAGAGAGCACUUUAUUGGCUUUAAAACUUUAUUUUAUUUAAUCCUCUUAUAUAUUUUAUUUUGUCUUAUCACUGUGUGGUUUCCUGGACAAUUUAAAUAAAAAAAUACUUACCAAUGAAAAAACUUAUCAGAUUCAAAUUCAAUGUUUCAUAUCGAACAAGUGUUAUAUUGUUUAAUAUUAUCACGUUUCUUAAUAACUUUAUUAAGAUUUUUAAUUAAUGGUCUUGAUUAAAAAAUAAUGGAAAUUGUACACUCCCCGGUGGUUGGUCACUUUUUUAGUUUGAACCCCGUUGGUUUGACAAAGUCAAACUAAAAAGUAACGAAUUAUUCCUUUUUACACGGGGCUCAUGUUUACUACCAAACCAAUUGCCUGGUAGUUGGUGUGAGCUCUGCGUAAAGAGGGUGUCAAACUAAAAAGUGACCCCGUUUGUUUGACAACGAUUGAUGUCAAACCAUCGGGGUUUCAUUGUAUUCCUUGAUAAAUAAAUUAAACAAGCAAUAAAAUAUAAUCUUAAUUUACAAUAAAAGUUACAAAUAGAGCCUAAGAGAA